AUGGUCAGGAAGUUGAAGUAUCAUGAGGAGAAGUUGAUGAAAAAGACCGACUUUAUCAACUGGAAGUUGGAUAAUGGACCCUUGAAAGCCGCAAUUAUGAGAAAAUAUUUCAUUCACAGUGAAAAGGAGUAUGGAAGUUAUCUACAAGUUUCCUAUGCUAUUGUAGCUCUUGCGAAAUCGAUUGCAAAGCUGCCCAAAACGGACGAAUUCAGAAUGGUUUUGACUCGAAGACUUUGUGACGCAUUAUUUGACUUGGGUGUUAUCGACUUGAAGGAACAAGGUCUUUCCGCAUUGGACAAGUUAACAGCGUCAAGUUUUGCUGAGCGCCGUCUUGCCGUGAUUAUGCAGCGCCGUAAAAUGGUAGACACUAUUCAAAUGGGAGACACGAUGAUCACCCACGGCCACGUCAAAGUAGGUCCGGACAUCAUCCGAAACCCCGCGUUUUUGAUAUCUCGAACAAAAGAGGAUUAUGUCAGUUGGGAUGAUCAGUCGAAGAUGAGAAAGAAGAUCAACGAAUUCAAUGACGCCGUUGAUGACUAUGAUAUUGAAGACGCUUAA